AAAAUGAAAGGAGACGAAAAAGAAAAACCCUAGGAGGGUUUACGCUGCUUAUUAGCAGCUUCCGGAAGCAGCAAUGUUUCUUUCUUCGAAAGCCCAAAGUUCCUUAACGAGAUGAGACCUCUGGACGAGAAGGAGACGACCUCAGUCUUCGAGAAGCUCUUCAAGUUCACCGGCAACAACCUCAAGAACAUCGUCGAGAACCCCUCUCACGAGGGCCCCGACUCCGACCCCGGCGGCUACUGCUUCCGCCUCCACAAGAACAAGGUCUACUACGUCAGCGAUUCUCUCGUCAAGCGCGCCACCAACGUCGCUCGCCCCCAACUCGUUUCCCUCGGCACCUGCAUCGGAAAGUUCACCCACGGCGGAAGCUUCCACCUUACUGUCCAGUCUUUGAGUAUCCUCGCGCCCAACGCCAAGCAUAAGGUCUGGCUCAAGCCCACCUCCGAGAUGUCGUUUCUGUACGGCAACCACGUUUUGAAAGGUGGGUUGGGGAGGAUUACCGAAAAUAUCGCUCUCGGUGACGGGGUAGUGGUGUUCUCCAUGUCGGAUGUGCCCCUGGGUUUUGGAAUUGCGGCCAAGAGUACCCAGGAUUGUAGGAAGUUGGACCCCAAUGGGAUUGUGGUACUGCACCAGGCGGAUAUUGGGGAAUAUUUGAGGAUGGAGGAUGAGCUUUGAGUUUUUCGGCCAGGAUUUGGAGGUUAUUUGGUGAUUUGGGUGGUUUUGGAGAAUGUUGUUUGGGGGAUAUCUGAGGAAUCAUGUAAGUCUGUAUUAUCAUAUUUUGGUUAAUAUGGGAUUGUGUUAUAUAAGAUUUUGAUUAUUAUGUUGGAUGCCUUCAAAAUUAUCCAUCAAAAGAAAUUUUGUUGCAUUCUAUUCAAA